AGGCAACAGAGGUACACAGAGCUCUGGGCUAUUUUCGGAGCCUAGCCAGCGACCCGAAAACUGACCCAGAAUAUGGACUUGGACAAUAUGGAACCUGAAUAUGUAGAAAAUAUGGAAACGGAAACUAUGGAAUCCGAAAACAUGGAGACUGAAACUAUUUCUUCAGUUUCAGCUCUUCAAGCCCUCUCUAAACUACUUUAUCCUGAAGAAGAGGAUGAUUUUGAGUCUGAACAGACUAAUUGUUUAUCUGCGAUCAGAGCCAUGGGUCCUGGGGAUAUUGGACCACCAAAAACAGAAGUGCAUAAAGUCAUCUCUCAAACCAGUGAUGAAACUAGCGAGGCCAUCUGGAAUCCAGAAGAAGUUCCAGAAGGAGCAGAGCAUGCUGACAUGUGGGAUGUUAGAGAAGUACCAGAGUAUGAAAUUAUAUACAAACAGCAGGUGGGAACUGAGGAUGUAUUCCUAGGACUUACAGAAAAAGACUCUUCAACAGCGUGUUGUGAGGAUCUAGUGGUUAAAAUUAAACUGCCAAAUACAAACCCUUCUGAAAUUAAAAUUAAUGUCCAGGAAAUGAUCCUCGACCUUCGUACUCCUGAUAAGAAAUUGUUGCUGAACUUUCCCCAUCCUGUGGAUUGCAACAAUGCCAAAGCUUCCUAUAUCAUGGAAACUGAAACUCUUGAAGUUACUGUAACUUUGAAAAGAGAAUUGGAUUUUGUUAAUUUCUUCUGAAACUGCAUGAGGAAGGGAGAAACAUGGCAAA